AUAUACACUACUACUACUAUCUCUUUCAUUAUUUCGUCAGAACGUGCUCUCAAUAAUCAUUACCCCUUUCAUCUUUAACUUCGUCUUCUCCACAUCUAACUUUUUCCUUUUUCGAUUUCGCAUUUUCUGUCUGCGUUUGUGUCUCAGAUCGACGGAGAGUAGUGAGCAGAUAGCGAAGAGACAAAACGAUGUCGUUUACAGGAACGCAGCAGAAAUGCAGGGCGUGUGAGAAGACAGUGUACCCAAUGGAGCUUCUCUCAGCUGAUGGUGUCCCUUUUCACAAGUCUUGCUUCAAGUGCUCUCACUGCAAAUCCACCCUUCAACUAAGCAAUUAUUCAUCGAUGGAAGGUGUGUUGUACUGUAAGCCUCACUUUGAGCAGCUCUUCAAGGAGACUGGUAGUUUCAACAAGAACUUUCAAUCACCUGCAAAGCCAUUAACUGACAAGCCAACCCCUGAGCUGACAAGGACACCUAGCCGAGUUGCCGGAAUGUUCUCUGGAACGCAAGAUAAAUGCGCUACCUGCAGUAAAACCGUGUACCCUAUCGAGAAGGUAACCGUGGAGAGCCAGUGUUACCACAAGUCCUGCUUCAAGUGCUCGCACGGAGGCUGUCCCAUCUCUCCUUCCAACUACGCGGCUCUGGAAGGAAUCUUGUACUGCAAACACCAUUUCGCUCAGCUUUUCAAAGAGAAAGGAAGUUACAAUCACCUCAUCAAAUCUGCUUCCAUCAAACGCUCCGCCGCCGCUGCGGCCACAGCUGCUGCUGCCGCUGCUGAUGUAGAAGCCGUCUCUGAAUCUUAAGUUUGAGAAAAAAAGGUGUUACUACCAAAACUGGUUUCAAAUUGUUUUUCUUUGUGUCUGUAAUGUGUUACCCUCACUUAUGCAUGUUCUUGUCUUUUCAUAACGAACCAUGUUUAAAACUCUCUCAAGUUUGUUCUUGUUGUGAACCUAACUACUAUGCAGCUUUGAAAACCAA